AAUAAGCAUCGUUCCUCGUUACUGGAGGGUAAAGGAUUUCUUACUGUAUAUCAAUUACCAUUACCUCUACUAACGAGGAACGAUGCUUAUUAGUUUUAUGUCAAUUAUCGUUACCGUUAGUAACGGGAAACGAUAGUAACGGUAACUGGUAACUGUCACAGCCCUAAUUCGGAACGAUAUAUGCUUAGAUAAGAAAAGAUGUCCAUAUCCCCUCUAUAUUAGGGUUAUUUAUCCUGAAAGUUCUGCCAAAAAAUAAAUUUCGCUUAAUCCGCCCAUUAGGCUAAUAAAUAUUUCACCGCUUUAUAUUAGAAAUGCUCUGUGACGUUGUUGUAGUCCAAGUUAGAAUCCUAUUAUUUAGGAUAAUUUAAGAUCUUGUAUCGAGCCGUUGUAAGAUUUGUGUAGUUUAUCCCAAUAUUCUAUUCUUUCUAUACUAGCGCCAGACGAUACUAUUAACGCCAAAGUUGAUGAAUUUAUCAAAGUCGAGAUGGAAAAACAGAAGAUUCCUGGCGCUUCGCUUGCCAUUAUUCGAGACGGGAAGAUUAUCCAUGGUAGAGGUUAUGGCUAUUCGAAUAUUGAACAUCAAGUACCUGUAAAGGCUGAAACAAUUUUUCAAUCUGGCUCAGUCGGCAAACAAUUUACUUCAAUGGCUGUAAUGAUGCUCGUUGAACAAGGAAAAAUUGAAUUAGACGAUAAAAUUAACAACUAUUUCAGGGAUGCACCUAUCAAAUGGAACAAUAUCACUAUCCGAAAUCUUUUGACGCAUACUUCUGGAAUGACUGACUAUCCUGAAGAUUUUAAUUAUCGUGCCGAUUAUACCGAAGAUGAUAUUUACAGACAAAUCAGAACCAUUCCGCUUGCAUUUCAGCCAGGCGAACAAUGGGCGUAUAGUAACCUUGGAUAUGUUAUACUAGGAAUUUUAAUUAACCGUGUGGCAAAUCAGUUUUACGGCGAUUUUCUUAAAGAAUAUAUUUUUAAUCCUCUCACAAUGACAACCGCACAAGUUAUUAAUGAACACGACAUCAUUCCGAAUCGUGCUGCUGGAUACGUUCUCGUCAAUGAUGAACUCAAAAAUCAGGAGUGGGUUUCACCAACACUUAACACUAUGGCGGACGGAAGUUUGUAUCUGACCAUUAAUGAUAUGGCUAAAUGGGAUGCGGCGCUUUACGGCGAUAAACUACUUAAAAAACAGGCAAGUUUCGAUGUAAUGUGGAGUCCUGUUAAGUUAAACAAUAACAUAACGCAUCCAUACGGUUUCGGUUGGAGGUUGGGAGAGGCGGUGAAUGGAAUGCGCAUUAUUGAACAUGGUGGGUCGUGGCAGGGCUUCCAGUCAAUGAUUAUUCGCGUUCCAGAUGAUAAACUAUCGAUCGUUUUUUUUGCUAAUUUGAAUGAUCGAAACGUCUACCAGCUUGCCAGACACGUAUUGGAAAUUUACAACCCGGAACUUACUGGCAAACCGAUCGAGGAUAGAACUCAAUAA